AUAAAACCCUCGUUUUGGUUGCCCCCCUUCUUCUUCCUCCUCAGCCUUCUCUGCGCCGCGCCUGCCGCCAGUUGAUGCUUGCAGCCAGCCAUGGUGCACGUUAGCUUUUAUAGAAAUUAUGGGAAGACGUUCAAGAAGCCCCGACGUCCCUAUGAGAAGGAGCGUCUAGAUGCGGAGCUGAAGCUCGUCGGGGAGUAUGGACUCCGAUGCAAGAGGGAGUUGUGGAGAGUGCAGUAUGCCCUCAGCCGCAUCAGGAACGCGGCCAGGGAGCUCCUCACCCUCGAUGAGAAGAACGAGCGCCGGAUCUUCGAGGGAGAUGCCCUCCUCCGCCGGAUGAACCAGUACGGGCUCCUGGACGAAAGCCAGAACAAGCUCGAUUACGUCCUUGCCCUGACUGUUGAGAACUUUCUUGAACGCCGUCUUCAGACACUCGUCUUCAAGUCGGGCAUGGCGAAGUCGAUCCACCAUGCACGCGUCCUUAUCAGGCAGAGGCAUAUCAGGGUUGGUAGGCAAGUGGUGAACAUUCCAUCUUUCCUGGUCCGGGUGGAUUCUCAGAAGCACAUUGACUUCUCUCUGACAAGUCCAUUGGGUGGUGGACGACCCGGCCGUGUCAAGCGAAAGAAUCUCAAGGCUGCAUCCAAGAAGGCUGCUGGUGGAGAUGGAGAUGAAGAGGAUGAGGACUGAGCUCCAAGCUGAAAUUGUUGCCCCCUUUGUUCCUUUUAGUAUCACCUCUAUAUGUUGAACUGUAGUUCCUCUCUGAUUCCCUUCUGAACAUCUAUAUACUUCUUUUGUGAUUGCAUAGUAGCAUUCUAUUUUUUUUUUAUGUCAACUGCGAGUUAGAUUUGAAUAUUAAAUGUUUUCUGAUA